AUGGAGUUGAUGUUAAAACGGAGUCUCUUGUCCAGAAGCAAAUUGGCCACAAUCACUAAGAAUUUGGAGGGAGUGACUCGGUACAUUUGUAUUGUGUGCAAUGUGCAGUAUGAUGACAAGGAGGAGCUAGAAGUACAUUUAUGUUCUCAUUUUAAAGAAUAUAGAUUCCUGUGCAGUAUUUGUGGAACAGGAUUGAAGAGGCGUGAACAUUUAGAUAGGCAUAUGCAAGGGCAUAUGGAAGUGAGACCAUAUACCUGUGAAGAGUGUGGCAAGGCCUUCAAAAGGAGAGAGCAUCUUAAUAUUCAUAAAUCUAUUCACAAAGGUGUUAAAACUCUUCAGUGUUCUCUAUGCAGUAAAUGUUUUUACCGCAAGGAUCAUCUACAGAAACACAUACAAACUCACAAUAAACACUUUUUGGAGCAAAAUAUUAUACCAAUGAGUGACCAGGAGCUAAGCAUUAAGGAGGAGGUUGAAGAUGAUUUUGAAGAUAUAACACCAAUUAUUACAAGUGUAUCUGGCAAUGUCACAGAUCCAGAUGCAUCAAUGGAGUCUGAAGAGUUCGGAAGCGAUCAGCAUCAGUCUAUGGACGAGACUAGCAUGGAGCAUUCUGAGGAACAUACUGUUACCUUGGACCACGCAAGGAACGCCAGGCCAUUCGUGUGUAGUGUCUGUGGUAAAAGUUAUAAGAGAAAGGACCAUCUGAAGAUACAUAGCUGGGCACAUGCCAAGAAGGAGGUGAUCUGCAAGCUGUGUGGCAAAGAAUUCCACAUGGAGGAGCAGAUGUUGGUUCACGUCAAUAUGGUGCAUCUGAAGAGUCAUGAAACCGCCAGUCUGUCACAUUUGCAGACUCUGCUCGGGAAUGAUAUCGAAGUGGAAAUAUUGAACAAUGAACACCUCGUACCCCGAAGGGUAAAAGAAGAGCGUGCGCACGAGUGUCCUAUUUGUCACCGGAAGUUCAAGCGGAAACAGCAUCUCAAAGUACACGCGAACGUCCAUCUUAAAAAGAAACGGACGUACUUUUGCAAUGUCUGCCAUGAGGGUUUCCAUGACGACACCGACCAGGCGAAUCACGUGUGUCCGGGUCUUGUUAAAAAUGAACCGGAAGACGGGGAUGAUGAAUAUGAAAUCGAACAAAACGGACACUCUUCAUAUGAACAGACGUCGCCCAAUGGAGACGCGAGGAAAGAAAAUUAUCCUCACGAUUUACUCGAGGUGGUAGUAGAAGAGGCAGUUAUACCUAGUCCACAGCGUGUGUUCGUGUGUAAAUACUGCGGAAAAGCUUUUCGGCGCAAGGACCAUUACAAGAUACACCUACACAUACAUACGGGACACAAAUCCUUCUUCUGUCCUACUUGUGAUAAAGGCUUUUACCGCAAGGAUCAUUUACAAAAGCACAUGAUAGUUCACGCGAAGAGCAAAUUGAAGUUGCCAACGAAGAGUCAAAAAAGUGCGCAAGAGUUGAGACCCCCUCCGCCAUUUGACGGGCCCCUUAGACAACAGCCGGGACCCAAGAAGAAGAUUCCCGAUCUCUUGCCCAUCGCAAUCAUGAAAGAUGAGACGAAAAAGAUCUCAGAGAGGAAAGACUUCUUGCCAGAGAUAACAAUACAUGCACCUUCAUCAGCUAAAAUUCGGGUUCCCUUACAAAUAAAAGUCCCAUACCAAAUGGUGAUGUCUAUGGACAAUGGGGAACAACGGGCGGUGACGGUUGACCCCACACAUCCUCAGGAACCCGAAGAGGUAGACACCGAAGAGAAUAUACUACCAGAUUAA